UUUUUCUGUCAUGAAUAGAUGCUUGAGGGUCGUCGUCGUCGUCGUCUUUUUUUUUUUUUUUUAAAGACAUGUUAGUGAAUAAUUCAGGAUAUGAAUAAGUCUGCUGAGUCAGUGGUUGAUCUGGAGGCAGAGGGGGGACUGUUAGCGAAGGUGGUCAUGAAUGGUUCCUUCAUGGUUCAGCUCAUUGUUUCACUGAUCGCUACAGGCAGAUAAUGUUCAGAGGAAUGGAUAAGUUUGUGUGCUUUAGAGACGCAAUGGUUCUAACCUUAAUUAUGAUUAUACCUUUGGGAUAUACAGGUAUACGGAACUUGACGACGCUCCCAGUGUGAAAACUGACACUCGAACGGAAUAAAGUUUGAGAAUGUACUUUGUACCUGCAGAUAAUGAAUCGCUCCCAUUGGAUCCUAAGAAACUCAUUUAAUGGUAAAACCUUUCCAUAGUCAUUUAAUGGUAUUAAUCAACCUCUUACCUCUUGUCUGUAGCACCUUUAAUCCAUUCUUUUUCUCUAUUUGUUAUAAUUGUUAACAGCCUGCACUUGGACCUGGACCUGCACCAUUGUCUGUUUAUGUGGCACAGUUUGUCUCAUCACAAGUCCAUCAUGGAGCAGUUUAACCCCUGCUUGAGGAACUUUGUAGCCAUGGGGAAGACGUAUGAGAAAGCUCUUUCUAGUGUGACAUUUGCAGCAAAAGGCUACUUCGACGCACUGGUCCGGAUGGGUGAACUUGCCAGCGAGAGUCACGGCUCUAAGGACCUUGGGGAUGUGCUCUUUCAGAUGGCUGAAGUCCACAGACAGAUCCAGAUGCAGUUGGAAGACAUGCUGAAAUCCUUCCACAAUGAGCUCCUCACUGAACUGGAGAAGAAGGUUGAGCUGGAUGCGCGCUACCUAAAUGCCGCUUUGAAGAAGUACCAGAUGGAGCAUCGGAGCAAAGGAGAAAGUCUGGAGAAGUGCCAGGCCGAGCUGAAGAAACUGCGGCGGAAAAGUCAGCAAGGCAGCAAGACCGCAUCCAAGUACAGAGAUAAUGAGAUGCAGUAUGUGGAGGCCAUCAGUAGCAAGCAGAGUGAGCUGGACAACCACAUCGCCGAGGGCUACAAAAAUGCCCUGGCUGAGGAGAGAAGGAGGUACUGCUUCCUGGUGGACCGCCAGUGUGCCAUAGCCAAGAGCACCAACAGCUACCACACCAAGGGUAAAGACCUGCUGAUGCAGAAGAUCCCGGUGUGGCAGCAGGCAUGUUCUGACCCUCAUAAACUCCCAGACCGAGCUGUUCUCCUUACACAGCAGAUGAGCUCGGGGGGAACACUGGGUACCGGACAACAACAUGCCUCUAAAUCUAAUCUGGUGAUCUCAGAUCCCAUACCAGGAGCCAAACCUUUACCUCUUUCACCUGAACUGGCUGCUCUCUUGGGCAACCAACAGAGGAUGAUGGGAAUGGAAAGUGUUCCAAUGUUGAAUGGAACUGCUGGGGCACAUGGCGGAGAGGACUACCAGCACUGGAUGGAUAGCCAAGCUGCACAGGGCAAAUCGGCCUCAACACAAGUCCAUCGGCACAGCGGCGAGGUCUACUCCAACACGCUGCCUGUCCGUAAAGUGGCACCCACCAAGAGCAAGAGCACUCUGGCAGAGACACAGACACUGCCUCGGUCGAGCUCGGUGGCAGCUGGCUUGGAAAGGAAUGGGCGGACCCGUGUCCAGGCAAUCUUUUCACACUCAGCCGGAGACAACAACACACUCCUCAGCUUCACUGAAGGCGACAUUAUCACACUGCUGGUGCCCGAGGCCCGGGACGGGUGGCACUAUGGAGAGAGUGAGAAGACGAGGAUGCGAGGAUGGUUCCCCUUCUCCUACACCAGAGUGAUCCCUGAGUCAGACGGCAGCCGACUCGGUGUCAGUUUUCAGCAUGGUCGGAGCUGCAGCACGGGGAAUCUUCUCGAGAGAGAACCGGUGGUUCUGCCGACUCCCGAUUACAGCUCCACCUCUCGGCUAAUGGCACAGAAUGCCUCACUGGGUAGACAUCAGAGAACAUUCAGUGUGGCAACGCCAGGAUUCUCACAGCAAGGGCUUGACAGCUACGAGGCCCGUUUCCCAACAAGUUCGGAGGUCAAAUUGAUUUCGACAGUGUGAAAGGACAGACACACAGACACCAUCCGUCCUUCUCCCCUCACUCCCUCACUCCCUCACUCGAACAUCCACCUUUUCACCCACCAAAGAAGAGGAGAAACACCCACCUUCUCUUUCCCUCCUAUUACACCACUCAUUAGCUCCUAUAAACCUCCACGGAACAGAAAUGCAGAAUACCCGGGCUUGAUCGUUCUCACAACUCUUCAGUUUUGAGGACAUCGGGUCUGUUCUUAAUGAGCUCACUGAACCGGACUCAGAAAAACGGUGUAUAUGUAACUCUUGCUUUUCUUUGAAAGUGCACAUCCUUUGGGUUACAGAAAUGGGUCCAAGAUCUAUAAAUGGAGUGCAGAUGAGGCUGCAGUAAUGACCGGCUGCUUGACACGUUGCAUUUUUACAUUUUAAUGAAGGAAGAGCUCUUUUACAUUGUCUGACAAAUGAUCUUUUCUACUCGAGGUCCUUAUAAAAGUGAUAAAAUCCUCCCAGUCAGCCAAAGUCGGUUCUUAUUUAUUUAUUUAUUUAUUUAUUUAUUUUUAUUGCACUUAACAUUUCGGAUGUUCUUUGGAAGACAGCUCAUUCUUCAUUUGUGCUCCGAUCAGUUUACUAAAUCCCUGAAGAACGAAUGACAGAAAUAGGUAGCACACUGUGUCUUUCUGGCUAUGUCUGUAUCCAUAUGACUGUUUUUUGAAAGAAACAACAAGUAGAAUGUCCAGGAGUCGGAGUCUGACAGCAUCGAAAUUAUAUCAGUCCCAAAAUCCCAUUAAAGACACAUCACAGGAAUAAAUGUACAGAUCUAUCUGUGUAGCUGUCAAGCUUCGCACAUUUAACCAAGACUAAACAUCUCCAUCAUGAUCCUAACUGCACUCCCAAGGCCUGAAUGAAAACAUGGCUGUUUUUAUUAAAAUCUACAAUCCAACAUGUUGAUUUUCCAAGUCAGAAUCAUAAUUUCCUGGGAGCGGUGCCUCUUGUACAUAUUUAAAUUGAAUCUGUAGAUACGAUAGAGUGGUGGUACAGUACAAUGGUAGUGUUCCUCAACUGUAACUCCAAGGUUUGAUCCCGAGCUGUUUCUGGUUAUUUGAUGCCGUAACAUGAAUCCAGUCAAAUUUAGACUUUUAGUAGGUGCUAUAGCCUUCUCUGAGCUCAUAUGAAGAUGUGGUGUAAUUAAAAACAUUCUUCUUCGCCACCUCACUGUCUAACUAACGGAUGAAAAAUGAUGUUUUGUUCUCUGUUGUACCGAGUAGCCAAGUAAUGAGCUAUGCAUCUUAAAGUACUGUUCUGAUUAUAAGCACUGUGUACUUCUUUCAAGUCCUGCCCUCAUCCUCAUCAAGAACUGUCACUUGCAGUUGUUUCCCAGAUCCCGCAUUCACACUGACUGCAUUUGUUCUGUCUGAAGGCGUGAUUUAAUGCUUGAAACAUUUCAUGAUUAUAAAAGCCUUCAAAUGAAAAAUGAUGUAAAGUGUUGCACAUUAGACAACUUUAUCUGAAAAAUUCCGUCCAAAACAUGUUUUUUUUCUCUCUCAGUGGCUGCAUCUGUCUCUCUCCUCCCGUUGUCCUCUCACCUCUCCGUUUGUCUUUCUUUGUGUGUGACAAAUCUAAGCUCGUUCUUUCUUUUUUUGCCAACCCUGUCCAUCUCUGUUUUGGUAAAUUUAGACACAAAAGCAGUAAGGGGUCAACGACUGGAAGCUGCCAGUGCUUCUUCUUUCUGCAUUAGAAUAAAGCCGAGGCAUGACUGCCACAUUCUUCUCAGUCCUGGUGCCCAAAUGGAAACGCUCGAUCUACUCGGUCUGUCUUUGUGCUUUGGAAUGCUAACACUUGGAUGUAAAGAUCUAAAAAAUAAUAAAUAGAUAAAUAGACCCUCAAUAUUAUACAGAGGGUAUAUACUGUGUAUAUUUACAUGCAUGCAUUUUGGGGGAAAACCAAAAACAGUGUUAUGUUGCAGCAUAACCUCAAAUGUAUGGUGACUUUCUACUUCGA